ACUCCCUGCAGCUUGGGCCCAUGGUGCUCUUCCCAAGACCCUGAGUGGUCCAGCCCCUAAGCUCAUUCGGGCUUGGAGUGGAAGCUGAACUAGGGGAGGCUGCUGAACCCCCUCGGUAAGCAUGGCGCUGCUCAAAGUCAAGUUUGACCAGAAGAAGCGGGUCAAGUUGGCCCAGGGGCUAUGGCUUAUGAACUGGCUAUCCGUGUUGGCCGGCAUCGUCCUCUUCAGCCUGGGGCUGUUCCUGAAGAUUGAACUCCGCAAGAGGAGUGACGUGAUGGAUAACUCCGAGAGCCACUUUGUGCCCAACUCCCUGAUUGGGGUGGGGGUCCUGUCCUGUGUCUUCAACUCUCUGGCUGGGAAGAUCUGCUAUGACGCCCUGGACCCUGCCAAGUACGCCAAGUGGAAGCCCUGGCUGAAGCUGUACCUGGCCGUCUGCGUCUUCUUUAACGUCAUCCUCUUCCUGGUGGCGCUCUGCUGCUUUCUGCUGCGAGGCUCCCUGGAGAGCACCCUGGCGUACGGGCUCAAGAACGGGAUGAAGUACUAUCGGGACACGGACACGCCAGGCCGGUGCUUCAUGAAAAAGACCAUCGACAUGCUCCAGAUCGAGUUCAAGUGCUGUGGGAACAACGGCUUCCGGGACUGGUUCGAGAUUCAGUGGAUCAGCAAUCGCUAUCUGGACUUUUCCUCCAAGGAGGUCAAAGACCGCAUCAAGAGUAAUGUGGAUGGGAGGUACCUGGUGGACGGCGUCCCCUUCAGCUGCUGCAACCCCAGCUCCCCGCGGCCCUGUAUUCAGUACCAGCUCACCAACAACUCUGCGCACUACAGCUAUGACCACCAGACCGAGGAGCUCAACCUCUGGCUGCGGGGUUGCAGGGCUGCCCUGCUGAAUUACUACAGCAGCCUCAUGAACUCCAUGGGCGUUGUCACGCUUCUCAUCUGGCUCUUUGAGGUGAGCAUCACUGCCGGACUCCGCUUCCUCCACACAGCGCUGGAGAGCGUGUCCAACCCGGAGGACCCUGAGUGUGAGAGCGAGGGCUGGUUGCUGGAGAAUAGCGUGUCCGAGACCUGGAAGGCCUUUCUGGAGAGCUUUAAAAAACUGGGCAAGAGCAAUCAGGUGGAGGCUGAAGCUGCAGACGCAGGCCAGGCCCCAGAGGCUGGCUGACGGCCUGGGGCGUCUCCCUUCCUCACCACUUAGUGGACUCCAGGGAAUGUGGAUACCCCUUGUCCAGCUGAAGGUCCAAAUUUCCCAAGAAAGCUGGUCACCUACUGACUCUCCUUGACGUGGGCCUUGAAGUUCAGAGUCCUUAGGGCACACUAUGCUACAAACAUCGGUGAAAUGGCUGCCUGCAAAUGUGAGUGACUGAACACACUCCCAGUGGAUGCCUGUCUCACAGGACUGGCUAGUCCAGGGCUCUGACCAAGUGUGAGCCCAGUUCUCCCAUAGGUGACUGGCCACACCAAGGGCCUCCCCCUCCUUAGUAGUUAGUGUCUGCCUCUUUUAAGCUCUAAGUUUCUGCAUCCCAACCAUUAUUUGACACAUAAAAUCAAGGUGAAAAAAC